AUGUUCAGAAGUAACACCCCUUAUCCUACUGAUACCAUUGCUGUCCCUGGUGGACAUGAUCUACUGUUCUGUGUGCAGCUGGAUGACUCAAAGCUGAACUAUUUCCAACAGCCACAGGACAUCAAAGAAUCUGAUUUUUUGAAGUUCGUAGAGAAGUAUGGCAGAUACUCUUUCUUAGCACCGUCACAAGUCCAGCCAUCAUUCUCUGCCUUUUACAGGGCUGGUGAUCCAAUCCUAAUCUACUUUGAUUCAUCAUCUGCACUGAGCACGCUUAGACAGCCAGUAAAAAUGGGAGCCAAUGGACUUUGUGUUGAUGGAAAUCCUGCUGGCUUCCUGGACAGUAAAAGCACAAGCUGUACUCGUAUUUUUGCCAACUUGAGCAAGAGCUGCACUACUGACCCUUCCCUAGAUGCGGCCUCCUACUACCGUGACUUCACUGUGCUAAAGGUCCCAAUUAGUGACGCCGUUGUGCAGUCCAUGAAGGUAAGGGUCACUGCAGUGGCACCACCUGAAGCUCCCCACAUGAAAGAGAACACAUGUAACAAUGUUGUUUCUGAGGUGAUCUAUGAGAUAGAAUGCAGUGGCACACGUGGGAUUCAGAGUGUUUCUGUCCGGUUCAAAGUGAGCAACAUCUCUGUGAACUCAGGAUCCUCUCUGCAGCAGCACUUCACUUUGCACUUCUGGACCAAGACUCUUUCUCAUGUGUUGCCUAGAAGUGGAAACCCUGGCUAUAUCACCGGAGCACCACUGUUGAUUGCAAACAGUGGUGCUGUGCAGCAUAUGAGCAUUUUACGGAGCGAAGGUGAUGGAAGUUGCUCACAGUUCCUCAGACACACAGUACAAUUUGGAAGAAAUAUGAGGACGGGCUGCAACCUCAGCCUGUCCCCAAUACUGGAAGAAAGUAACUGUAGUGACAUCCAGCGGAAGUUGUACAGGGCUCUUCAGGGGAUGAAUGGAGUAGAGAACCUUGCUAUAACUGGCAGUGCUCGUUCAACCCAGGCAGAAGAGUGGAUGACCAUUCUGGUUCAGAACUGCAGUGUGCAGGCUGCGAAUUGCACUUCCUGUUGCAUGGUUCCUGUGACACUGGAGAUACAGAUAUUGUGGACUAAGGUGGGCCUCCUGUCCAACCCGCAAGCUCAAAUACUGAGCGCACGGUACUUUUAUCAGUGUCACCCUCUGAAGUUUCCAAGCACGAGCACGGUACCUUUGACAACUGUCGUUACCUUCACUGACUUGACGGAAUGGCCAGAACCUCCACGAGGCCAGCCCCAAAUGCACUGGAAACUCCCAUUUGACAUUUUUUUCCCAUUCAAGGCGGCACUGAAUUUGGAAAGAAGUUAUAGAGGUGAUCUGGCUGGCUGUUUUCUGCUGAUUCUAAUCAUGACUAGUAUUCUCUGCUUUUGA